UAAAUCGUCGCUGGACGUGAGAGUACACUCAAACUUCUUCUCGCCCACCCACAGUGCGCCUGGUCGAUGUGUACCGCAACUCAUCACUACACUCAAAUCAUUGGUCCCCAGCGACCACUACAAGAAGCUCGUCAGGUAUCAGAAGUUCAUUCUCAAGCUCGCAACUGCGCAGAAGGCAGGCGAUGUGGAGGCCAUCCAAAUAGCGGAGGACGAAUUAGCGCAAAGCCCAUGA